AUGUCCAUUGAUGCUACAUCUCCCUUCCUUUUCCAAUCCAGUUGUUUCGAUAUGCUAGACCCAAAUGAAUUUGUCCACUCUAAUGGCAACACUGCUUCUGCUAUUGUUGCUGCAGUUGGAGGUCCUAAUUUUUUGAUGAAUGAGCAAUACGAUAGUUUGAAUAUGACAAAUGCUGAUUUACCUAAAGUAAAAGAAGAAGAAGAAGAAGAAGCAGAAGAAGCAGAAGAAAAAGGAGAAAAAGAGGAAAUGGGAAUAAAGCUUUCAUAUGGGUACAUUGCCAAUCCUGGUGCACCCUCUAAUCAAGACCACACUUUUGGGUCAAACAGUAUAUACAAUGAUUCUGCCAAUGUCAAUUUGGCCUAUUAUACAACCAAUUUCAACUUCACUAAUAAUCAGUACAUUCCCAAUCAGCCAAGUCUAGUUGACCAUUAUGGAAGAUACCCACAAUCGCAACAUGUAAACACGUAUAAGACGACCCACAAUUUGAAUGAACCAAAUCUACUGUAUCCCCAUCAAAAUUCGACCUCGACAUCUUCUUCGAUAUACUCUUUCAACAGACAAGAUCAUUCAAAGCUAACUUACAACUCUUAUGACACACCACCAAAAUUAGCAUAUGACUCCUAUGACACGCCACCACCACACCCAAUCCAGAAUGGAAUUUCGUCAACUGAAAGUAACGACUCAUUAGCUUUUGCUUCAAUCGACAAUGUCCAUCAUGACAAUACACAAAACUCAUUGUCUUUUCCCAAUAUAUACUCGCCACUUUCAACGAUAAUGCCAAAUGGUUUUACAACUACUCAAAUUCCACAAUCGACACUUUUCAACCAACAGAAUAAAAACACUCCCUACAUUGCAUCUACAGCACCAUCCGUUGCUUUGGAUCAAUUGUCUUACAACAAUAAUACCAGUGUUUCUCCAAAUGUAAACAUGUUUGCUACUUCAGCACCUGUACUGUACCACCCACCGCACUCAUCAGCAAUCAAAACCAACUAUGAAUACUCUACUCCAACUAGUACUGCUAAUGCUACUAAUGUUGUUAGCGCCACCACCACAGCCACCCAUUACUACAAGAAUGGCUCCAGUUCUUCCCAGCUCAUACCUUCAAAAAGAUAUCGAGUUGUACGAGGGGUUUCAGCGGGGGGGUGCACCACGCGGCCCCCUAAGGAAUCUAUUUCUAGUGAUUCCACUUAUUUACCAGUCAAUCUAGAACUACGCGGAGCAAGUGUAGAAGAUAUUUGUUUUCCUACUUGGACACCACUGGAAAAAGAAGAUCGAAGAAGGAUCAUUAGAAUCGAAAGAAUUCAAAGAGGUCCAACUUUGAUUGCAAACUUUAGUAUUGUUGGUAGUGCUAAAGAAAACCCAAUUACAUUACCAGCCCCACCCAAUGUCGAUGUUAUUGAAGUAUCAUGUUUAGAAUGUGAUGUCAAAAUGAAUGACGAUUACGACUCUCCAUCAUCAGAAGAUGAAGUGUCAUCUACAUCUUCGCCGAAAAUAGGUUCUAAAUCUCCGCAUCAUUACACAAAAAACGACCCUGUCAGUGGUUCUUAUUACCAGUAUUAUAUCACCUCAGUUGAAUUAGUUGAAAUUGUUGAAUUGCUAAUUGGUACAGAAUUCAAAGAUGCCGCAGAAAAGAGGAGAGAAAGAGGUAGGGUUAGAUCUAACCUUGUGCCAUUUUGGUCAAAAAAGUCCAUCAGUUCCAAAAUGAGUGACACCUCCGCAUCAACAACACACGCGCAUUCAGAUAAUGGCAACUCAUCCUCAUCGUUGUCGACGUCAGUGCCCAUUUUAACUUCAACCUCUUUAUCAUCUAAUCAUAGCCAUAAUUUAACAAAUCAGGAUUACAGACUGGAAUUAGCACGAAGAAUAAUGGGGUAUGAUAUUAGAAAACCAAGAGGAUUCGAUAAGGAAGUAAGGAUUUUGAGAUGGGAUAAAUUAGUUUCUGCUUUGAAGAGAGCUCUACAAAGUUACUACACUGAAAUCCCCAAAGCUGAUUGCCAUUUGCAGUUUUAA